CUAGUCUCAGUUCUUUUUCUAGUUUGUUUGCAACAAUUAGAUUUAGACAAACUAGUGAAAGGCAAAAAUGAGUCUCAGCAAGACUACUAGUAUAAGGAGCAGUGGGGGACGAGGAACCUCUAAAUCAAUGAUUGUGCCGAUGAGUAGGCAAAGAAUGAGCUUUGUGUCCAGGUCCAGGGCAGCUCCUGUUAGCACUUUAUUCUCAAGCGGUAGCAGCUAUAAGGCUGGUGGUGGUGGCGGCAUUGGGGUUGGUUUUAGGGGUGGAAUUGGAUCUCCACUUUCUAGAGGAGCAGAAGUAGGAUUAGGUGGAAGAUAUGGUGGAGGAUUCAGUAGCAGGCUCGUUGGAGGACUAGGUACCGGAUAUGGUGGCGGAUAUGGUGGCGGAUAUGGUGGCGGAAUGGGUGGCGGAAUGGGUGGCGGAUUGGGCAGUGGAAUUGGCAGUGGAAUGGGUGGCGGAUUGCACGGUGUAAUGGGUCCACCAAAACCAAUCACAGCAGUCACCGUUAACCAGAGUUUACUGGCCCCUCUCAACCUGGAAAUUGAUCCCAACAUUCAGCAAGUACGAGCCCAGGAAAAAGAGCAGAUCAAGAUCCUCAACAAUCGCUUUGCCUCCUUGAUUGACAAGGUAAGUCUACCCAUUUAAUAAAUUCAGUUGGGA